GCCGCAGCAGCUGAAGCGGCCACCCCAGCCCAGUCCCGGCGCGACGAUGAGGGGCAUCCCGGGCUUAAAGAGGCUGCGGUUCAAAAUCUGGCGGCGAUGCGCCCUGCUGCUGCUCCUCCUCUGGGCUGCCUGCUGGGUGGUGGUGAGCGCUGCGCUGUUCCUUUUCCACAGGAGCGUCUUCUCUGAGCGCUGCACGGACGAGAAAAGCCACCGGAUCCUGGCCAGGCUGUGUCUUGACUACAGCAGCGGAGCCCUGACUGGUGACCUCUGUGAAGACCUGUGCGUGGCACAGAAGCUGGUGUACAAACACUGCCUGUACUAUGACAGAGGUAAGAAGGUCAUUCAUGCCGAUUGGAGAGGCCAGCCCAUCAUAUUGAAAUCCAAAAAAGAAGUCUUUUCCAGCUACCAGCACCUCAGUAUGCUGGAGGAGGUGGAAACACAGGAUAUACCUGAAACAGAGCUUCUGCUGAUGGUAGCUUUGGAGGUCAAAAAUGCCUUGGGGCUAGAACUGUCUAAUAGUACCAUGGGGCCCCUGUGGACAAGGAAAAAGGGACCACGUUGGAAAGCACAGGUGGCCAGCAUGUGGUCCUUGCUCCAGCAGGAAGAAUAUAUCUACUUCAGUUUGCUGCAGGACCUCAGCAAACAUGUGCUACGAAUUAUUGGUUCUUGUGGACACUUUUAUGCUGUGGAGUAUCUCACAGCUGGACAUGCCUGGCACAAAACUCUUUUUCCCUUGGAAAACGUAAUCGGUCCCUCCCUUACCGGACACAAAAGCAGGGUGAGAGCCAUCACUGACAUUGCACUCAGCUUUCUGGACAUGGUGCAGCAUUUUGAUAAUGAUUUCUCUCACCGACUCCACCUGUGUGACAUCAAACCAGAAAACUUCGCUAUCAGGCAUGAUCUUACGGUGGUUGCCAUUGAUGUGGAUAUGGCCUUUUUUGAACCUAAAAUGAGGGACAUCCUCGAACAGAAUUGCACAGGAGACGAAGAUUGUAAUUUUUUUGAUUGCUUUUCAAAAUGUAAUCUGAAAAUAAGAAAAUGUGGAGCACAGAGAGCCAAUAACAACUUGCAAGUAAUCUGUGACAAAAUAUUCCGUCACUGGUUCUCCCCAAAUCUCAGAGGACCCUUGGUUUCCCUCCCCCUGCAGCUGCAGCUGCAGAAAGCUGUGCAGGAGUGUGCUCAACCAGGGCACAUGGACAUCGCCGGGCACCAGAGGACUCUGAAAUCUCUCUCUGAGUUAUACCACCUGCUUCAGGUCACUCAACAAGAACUGCAAAGGGCAGAGUAGACACAAAAGGCAGGACUGCAAAGGCUACACGCCAGUCUCUCUGCCAUCCUUCCUACCCAUUGUACAUUUACAGCACAGAGAUUGCUUUUCUGCUAUGCAAAUGGAAUCCAUGGCUGCAGGUGCAGCACAUGCUGUUAAUAUCCUAUCAAGUGUGAAAUUGUUUUACAUUACCUGGAUUCUGUUCUUGCUUAUUUUCCUGAGCUAGCACUAUACCUCUCCAUCAGAAUUCAGUACACCGUUCACUUACCAAGAGCUGUAGACACUGCAUCUGUCUGAGAGUGGUGCUCAGAGUGAGGAUGCAUUUACAGAAGAAAAGUGUAAGUAAGUGCAGCAAAACUACUAUCAAUAACUAAAAGAGUGGGUGGGUGAGGAUAAGUACAUGCAUGGUGCUUGUUUAAAUUUUUCUGUAGAAUGAGGUUUUUUUAAAGUAGGGACAGAGUGCUCUGUGUGAU